AUGGCGGAGGAGGCUGGUUGAGAAGGAGAAUUACUCCGUGAAGCGGCGCUGAACCCAACUUCAUCGCCCGUCGACGAGGUGAUCGGUGGCCCCCUCCCCCCACCUCCCCCCUCCCCGGAAAAAAAAUGGCCUGCAAUUUCAACGAAGACAGAAAGCUCGACAAGGACGGCGUGAAGGCGGGCGGCUUGUCCGUGGACGGCGGCGAGAGCCAGAAACAAUUGUCAGUCUCCACCGCGACCACAUCCAAGCAAAAUGGCGAUCAGGCUGGAUGUGAAGACGAGCAAAUGUCUGAACAAGACGCUUCCGAGCGGCGGAGGAGCGCGCUGUCAGACGCUAAGCACGGCGGCGGCGGCAGCUCCCCGUCGACGCUGCACAGGUCCACCGACGAGCUGCCACGGAGGAAUUUCCAAAUUCCUCGGAAGAUUAAGGAACGGAAAGGACUUCUACAGAUGUUGGCUCCAGAUUCACGGGAGUUUGAGGAGCUUGUAAAGGUCCUUUCAUCCUUCUAUCUGGAUACCUCUUCUCGAGGAGCCUUCACCUACACCAAAGCAUGUCUCAUUCACAAUGAGCUCUUGGAGAAGGAGUUUAUUGAGAAGAAAAGGGAACUCAAACAGGCCGGACGGACUGAAGCAGAACUUACAGAUUCUUACGCCUUUCUGCUGCCUGAUGCGAACAAGACUCAUUGGAUCUGUGAAAAGGGCCUGUCUGUGGGACAUGCACGGAUUAGCAAUUUGGGAAAUCCUUCUAAAGGGGUUUACCUUUCAAAAUACUCAGAUUUGUUGCAGAUAAAUCCAUUCGAAGCAGGUGCUUCAGGGGAUAUUAUUGUAUUUAAAGUCAUGAAGGGUAGAUUAAAGAGCAUAUUUGAAAAUAUGCCCAAGAGUAAUCUGGAACCUGCACCUAAGUUUGACUGCCAUGUGCACAAAAAUGCCAGCAAAGUGACCUCAUUAUUAUCAUAUAGGGCCUUUGAACUCACUCAGCAAUACUUUUAUGAGUUUGCGUUUGAGGAGCUGAGGUCCCGGCCCAGACACGUGUUUCCGUAUGCAGUGGUGUCUUUCCAGUAUAAAGGCAAAGAGUCAUCCACAGCUGCUCACAGAUCGAGCAGCACAAUGUAUGAAGGACAUAGAGUACGACGUAGGUACACAGUGUGGAGUGGCCUGCUGGUGAACAAGGGGGAAGAGCUGUAUCAAGUGUGCAUCCGCUCCUCUAGUCUCCCUUUCCUUCCCCUCAAACUUCCUGACAGAAUUGACAUAAGUAUGGCAAUGCAUCUUGAUCAAGUGAAGAGGAAGAUUCCUUCUACGCUGCUUUCGUGGGACACCUACAGUUCAACACGAGAGGCACUGAAGUGUGGCAUGUAUGGCAGUCUGUUUGAAGUCAUGGGUAAGACCAAACAGGGCAACUGCCUGUCCGGCCUGCUGCACAGAAUGGAGAAGGAAAAAAUGGUUCUCGUGAAGCCACUGGUGGACAGAGGCUUUCUAUUCCUCUUGUCUUCGUCUCACAUGCACAGUUCUAAUGAGAGGCGAGGGAGGGGUGACAGAGGAUUACAGGCACUUUUUGUUUUCCAAGAGUCAAGAACUGUGGCACGGUUCAUGUCAAAGCAUGCUGGACUACGAGACUCUGCGGUUCCUUUAGAACCCAAAGAUCCAAUCGCUGAGCACCUAGACACCUUUGUUCCUGCCCUGCACCACGCCUUCUUUAAAUUGCGUUCAAAUCCACCCAAAGAUGUGGCUGCUGGUGUUAAGAACCAGGCACUGGACUAUUUGGGUCUCCGGGAACAGGGUGUAGGCCGUCCUUUUGUUGUGCCUGAGUACCGAAUGAACCUGGAUGAGUGGCCUAACCUGCACCCUUCACCUCGACCCAAGGGUAUGGACUCUGCGUUGAACGCUUACAUGUACGGGCCCGCACGCUUUCAGCUGCCAGUGGUGCGGCUGCAGCAGGGCUUGGUGGAUAGCGGGCAGGGUGCAGGCACAUCGCCGCCAGGUGGAGGGGGUGAGGAAUACAGCCCUGUGUCUGACUGGGGUGGUUCGGACCGUGCCUCGGGCAGCGGCAGGCCAGGGCCAGCUCCAGCGCAGUCCAAUGGCAGCGCUCAGAGGCCCCGGCCCAGCCAGGCUGAGUACGACAAGGAAAAGAUGGAGAAGCUGCUGAAAUUGAUCCAGCUGCACAAACGUGCACUGGGCAAGGAGGACAGUAGUGGGCAGGAGCGCAGUGAAGACUGGGACCCUGCUGGUCUCAAGAGGAGGCUGGAGGAUGAUGGGUCGGCUGGAGUCAGCAAAUAUCUGAACACGGGCCUCCUGAGCAAUGGAGAGCAAGGGAGAGUUCCUCAGGGCGACAAGUCUCUCUCUUUGUCAUCGGUGAUGGACAACAUGGGGCUGUGUGAUACAGACCUGCGGGAGCAGGUCACCCACAGCGCCUCCCUCCAGGACGCACAGUCCUUGCUCAAGCUUUUCCUCAGCGCCUUAAACAGAGUUGCCCAGGGCUCCACUGCUGCUGCUGCUGCUGUUGCUGCUGCUGCAGCUGCCACUGCCACACCUGCUUCUUCCAUGCUGUCCUCGAAGCAGCAGGACAGCCUGGGGACAAAACGGGCCCUUGAGCCCUCAGAGCCCGCCACCCACUGUGACCGUGACCUGCGCACCAGGCACAUAGAGGAGGAGCAGGUUACGCAAGACUACCUGGAGGAACAGAUGGAAUGCAGUAUUAGUAGUAUGGACCUAUGCAGUCCAUCCUCCAACAUCGAGCAGCAGCCACCUCGCCCAGCUGAAACCCCCAGUCAUGACCGCUUACAGUGGAGAGCAGCUUCCACCGAUUCUGUGGGUGAUGAGGCUGCAUCGGGGGCUGACAGACCAGGGCAGGCAGCAGGCAGAACGCUAGACUCUAUCCUUGACCAGGAGUUUCAAAACCUCUGCACAGGCAUCCGAGAACUGAUGGACAGCCAACAAAUACUGUAUGUUUCGCAGCCUCCACCGCCUCGGCAUGAGGGUAGAGCCAAUGGGUUGGAGUCCACCUUCUCUCCAUACGUGUCAAACUACAUCUCGCCACCAACUGUGCAGACCUAUGUAAACACGCUGUGUGAAAAAAUGAACCGCAUGAUUCACUCACCUGGAGCUCCUCCAAAUCCAGCUGCCAAUGCUGCUACUCCAACGGUUGCUGCUCACCCUUCCCCUGUUCCUGUAACUUCUCCUCUCCCUUCUGCUCCUGCUUCUGCUACAGCCCCACAUCUUCCAGUGGUUACUUCUCCUGCUACAGUUACUGCACCUGCACCUGCUGCAUCUGCUCCACUUCACUCCAAACAACCAGCCGGAAAGCCUAAAUUGCAGGAAUUGUUACACAAACCAGCGCCACCUGAACCCAAGCUUCAGGCCCCUACCUCUACCCCUGCUCCUGCCCCUGCUCCUACCCCCAAGAAACAGCCCUCUCCUAUCGGCAAGCCUCGCCUGGGCACUGUAAGAGAGAUGCAUCUGGUUACACAAGGGAAAAAGACUGACCCUAAGCUUUCCAAUAUUGUGGACAGUCCUAAAUGCCUGCCCUCAGUAGGAAGCACUGCUCUCCCACCGUUGCCCGAGCUGCCUCCUGGAGCAGCCCAGGCAGGUGGAAGUAAUGUGAUUGGCCAGAUCAAGCCAGAAGUGUUAAGUACUCUGGUGGAGAUCAUGCAGAUGAACACAGUCCGAUUUUACAUCCAGCGAGGGGACCAGGAUGAAAAUCAGCUCUGCACUGAGAUUAAGAGGUAUUUGGAGAGCCUUGGCAACAUUGAGUGCAACCCUCAGACCUACUUGGAAAACAACUGUCAGCAGAAGUUUAUGGUCAUCAUUCAGAAUGAGGACAUAGCUUCUCAUGUUCACAAGAUUCCAGCACUUGUGUCAUUAAAGAAGUUACCUACAGUGUACUUUGCUGGAGUGGACAGUCUAGAUGACGUGAAAAACCGCACUUAUAAUGAGCUUUUUGUGUCUGGAGGCCUCGUUGUGUCGGAUGAGCUCAUUCUCAACCCUGACUACAUUACUUUAGAGAAGCUGCAGGCAUUCCUUCAGUUGCUGGAGAAGCAGAACAUGUCAUGGAAGUGGAAGGUGCACUGCAAGACUCAAAAGAAGCUUAAAGAGCUCAGCAGGUUAAACACUGAAGCUCUGGAAUUGUUGAACCUGCUGACAGUCUAUCAGAAGAAGCACCUAGUGGAGUUCUUACCUUACCAUGAGUGUGAUGCUCCGUCAAAGCAAGCUCCAGAUCUGGACUGCCUAGUGAAGUUACAGGCUCAACAUACACAGCUCCGACACAUAAUUUUCCUCACAGAUAAGUGCUUUGAUGUGCCCAAGUUCUCAAGUAAUGGAGUCAUCAUUGCAAGCAUUACAGACAUCAUGACAAACUUUGAGAGCCUCGUAAGCAGUGCUAAAGCUGAAGUGCCUGCUGUACCCAUUCUCUCAGCUCCAGCGGAGCCUGAUGCAUGUGUGGACGAGGAGGACAUGUCCCUGGACUCGGAUGAGGAUACGUCUUUGAUGGCUGAUGUCUCUGACAAAGUUGAGGAAAAGAAGACACCAAUCCCUCCCCCGCCCCAGAGCGAGGAGUUUAGGCCUCCUCUCCCUGACCUUCCUGUCCAGGACCCUCUGUCUUCUUACCCUGUUGACUACAAUGCUUUGAAGACAGCCAUCUCAGAGUACAAGGCAUCCAGACAGAGCAGUACAUCCUCAGUGGAAGUGGAGGACAGCUUGGCCAAUUUUGGGGUUAACCCCCACCAGAGUUACCUGUACCCCAACUCAGCACAGUGGAGCCCAUACUCUGGCUCCCCUGGAUACCACGUGGGGUCAGCCUAUUCUUCACCUGCCUGCUCAAUUUCACAAGGGCAGGAGUUCAGCCAGUCAGGCAUCAUGGGCUUAACCCAAACAUGCACUGCCCCACUCUCUCAACCAGCUGCUCUGCCCCAGGUUAACCCCAGUGCUCUCACUCCUUUAAAUCCCUCCACCAUUACCCCAACUAACCCUGCUACCCUGGUGCCUGCCAACCCCUCUCCCCUACCCAUGCCUCAGUCCUCCACCAGCAGUCUAGCGGAGGCCCUGCCAGUUCCAGACACAUCCUCCUGUCCUCAGGCUCAGGCUAGUGACGAUGUCGUAACCCCAUGCAACACAGUUGGCCAGGAUAUACAGAGUAAAGCCAUUGAGUCUAAAGCCCUCGCUUCUUCGUCCACCUCAUCUCUCCCCAGCUACCCAGAACCUCCCACGUUUCCUGGCCUUACACCCAUCCCACGAGUACCACCACCAAUGUUUAACUGGGCAGCCGCACCAGGGCCACAUCAGAGCUAUCCAUCUGGAGUAAAUAUGGGGCCCUUUGGUCCACUCCCCCCCACGCAAAAAGAAGCAGCAGGGACACUGACUGCCGCUGGUACGGCUGAUGCAAUAUGGGCAGGAGCUAGUGAAUCUGGGACUCCAAACAGUAAAGUGGAGGGAAGCAUCCCUGGGCCAGCACCUUCUACUGUUACAUUGCAAGAAGGGGGCCCAGAGAAGGGCAGCACGCCCGGCAGCCUAACACCCAGCAGCCAGGGCAGCAGGACUCCACUGAACUCUUGCCCAGAAAGCCAGGGGGGUGGUCCUGCUAAGGGCCAGGCAGGAGGGCCUACAUCCAGCAGGGGUGGUGGUGCCGCCGCCCCUAGAGGACUCCUUCCCAUCCCAGGAUUGGCACAGGGCCCUGUGUGUCGAGGGGUGCCACAAGGGAUGGGUUCGCACAGUGGCGGUAGCACAUACAGCCCCCAUGGGCCCAUGUCAGGGUCUGUGGACAUGAUGCGUGGAGGCUUCAGGGGCAGAGGACCCCCUCCAAUGCCUAUGAGAUCCAGACCAGGUCGGGGGCCCAUGAGGGGUGGCUCGGUUUGUAACUGGGGCUACCCGCCUGGCAGGGGAGGGGGUGGAGUCCCAGAUUACUAUACAUACCCCUAAAAUGCCAUGGGGAGGACUACUGGCAUAGAGAAUGUAUAUAUUUAACAUGAAGAGCACACUGAACCAAGAUGUGGGGUUAAAAAAUAAUUCUGGUUUUGUAUCAAAUAGAUCAACAAUUCACAUGGCAGCCGGUGUUGUGCUGUUGCUCCAAAAUGCUCUUCCUUAAUAAUAUGUUUGAAACCUUGUUCAGACCACUAUAUUUAUAUUGCCAAGAAAUGUAAUUGCCUUUCAAUGUUACCUUUUUUUUCUUUUGUUUUUUCCCCCCAAAUUUCAAAACGGUUCGUGAACAAGGGGUAAAGUACAGACUACAGACAAUAUUUUUUUAAAGAGAAAAAGUGAGUCACUCUUCAUUUUAGCUGGUUUUUGUUGUUUUUUGUUUGUUUUGUUUUGGGUUUUUUUUUUUUUUUUUUUUUUUACAUUCUUGGUUGUACAAACGUUCUAUUAAAACAAGGUUGUAUCAAACAUGGAAUUGUGUUGAGUAUAUUACCUGAAGUGCACACUGUAUGUGUUAUUUGUAUGUAUAUGUACAUUGGAUUUUGAAGGAUUUAUCUGUUUGUAGGUUUUUGCUACAGAUGAGCUGAAUUAGUGUCUCUGUUGAGUCACUGCUGGUCAAGCUCCAACAUAUUUUUAAUAUCUGGCCAACAGAGGGCAGCAUUCUUCUUGGUUUAGAUACUGUAGACUAUGGCACUAAAAUGUACCCUGCAUAAACUAUUUAAAGAACAUUUCUUAUGUUAUACAUUUGUAAGUUUAAAAGAUGUUAAAUGGUUUGUUUUUAUAAAUGUUUUCAGCAGGGACGUAACUUGGAUUCUUUUUUUCUUUUUUUUUUCUUUCAGAUACUUAAUCAGCCUCAGCAGAUAAUGCAGGAUUUGUUAUACAAUUCAAGCUAAUUAAACAUAUUUAUGAAUGAAAAUAGGCAA